CCCUUGGUCCACCAAUCAGUAGGCAGCUCACAAUGUGCGGGUGAAGUCUCCAGCCUGAGUCCUCUUCCUGCUUGUCAGUGUGCAGCCUGAUCCAUGUGAUCCUGUCCUGUGGCUCCAUGACUUGUCAGGUGGUCGUGUUGUACUUUGCAAAAAGUUCUGAACUAGCUGGCGUUCGAUCUGAAAACAUAACCGUCCCCCAAGAAAUAACAUCCAAGCAACUGUGGGAGAAAAUCACUUCAUUGCACCCAAGGCUUUGCAUUAUUCAAGAUUUUGUGGUCCUCGCUGUCCGUCAGGAAUAUGUUGCUAUUGGUGAUGAGGUCAUAAGAUUGCACCCUGGCGACGAAGUUGCUGUCAUUCCUCCUGUCAGUGGUGGCUAGAACUCUGAG